ACACACACAAAUUGUUUUAUUAUAUUUUGUCAAUAUAAAUCCAUUUCUCAAAAACCCCUACAAUUUUUUUUUCAUGCAAAAUGAUUCAUCAAAACGAAUGAACAUCAUCUCUAUAAUCUGCAAAAACGACGCCGUUUUAUCCUUUUUUUUCUCUUAUGACAACUCAUCGGAAAAUGAUCGAAUAUCCGGUAAACGCCACCGAAGCCGCCAUAUUAUGCUCUUUCCAAUGCGACCCAAUACAAAAUCCAUCAUAUGAUUGCAUGCCCAUUUGCUCAGAUAUAUGUCCGAAAAAUUGUUACACUUCUCCGGCGAUAUCGCCGCCGUACGACGGUGGAUAUAUAUACACAACACCACCAAAACACCACCAUGUAUCUCUAAGUUUACCGCUCAAAAUAUCACUUUUUAUACUUGUUAUAACGUUCUCUUUAUUCUUGCUUUACACCCUUUACAAGUUUUACACUGUUUGGUACAGAGCAAGAUUCCGGCGAUCACCUUCUUCGCCGGAAAAUCAAGAAACUCAUGAAGAAUUCGUUGAUCAUGAUAUUGUUGAUCAUCCUAUUUGGUAUAUUAGAACUAUAGGUUUAAAUCCUUCAGUUAUAAGUGCAAUAACUGUGGUUAAGUAUAAAAAAACCGAAGAAAUUAUAGACGGCACGUCGUGUUCUGUUUGUUUAAGUGAUUUUCAAGAAAAUGAAGCACUUAGAUUAUUGCCAAAAUGUAACCAUGCAUUUCAUAUAUCUUGUAUUGAUACUUGGCUUAGAUCACAUACAAAUUGUCCUUUAUGUAGAGCUGGGAUUGUUAAGAAUGUAACGAAUAAUAAUAACUCGUUGUCUUUAGACGAAAACUUGGGUGGUUCGGGUACAGGGGAAGAAGCCCGAGUUGAGAUUUCGGUUAGGGAGGAUGGUGAGGUGGAGGAAGGACAAAGGGUGGUUGAUGGUGAUGAUCAAAGAUUGGAUUUGAGAAUUCGGGUUGAUAAUGAUGAUGAAAAUAAUAAGGCAGAUGGUUCGAGUGGGACUAGUGAAAUCUUGAUCAUUAGAAGAUCGGUUUCUUUGAAUGAUUAUGCAGCUUGCAGGGUUAGAAAUGAUGUACUUAAUCAUAAUAACUAUUAUUCGGAUCGUCACGAUGUUCAAAUCCGUUCGCUUGAUGGUGGUAAUAUGGGAUUUGAUGUGGUCAAAGUUGAGCAAACACCAAAUAAUCGAGGUAAUUAGACGGUAAUGGUUGUUCUUCAAAUGAAACAUAGUUUCAAGAUUCUUGUAAUGUGGCAAGCUUUUCAAGUUUCGGGCUGGAAGGACUCUCAACAAGCUGAGAGUCUUCAUGGGUUUUUUUUUCGUUUUCUUUAAAGUUUUGAUAUUUCAUCACUAAAAAGAACAACUUCUUAAAGAAAGUAUAUACUUGUGGUGAUGUUUAUGUUCUUAAUUAAUUGAUCGAGAACAAUUCCUAAAGAACAAAUCCUAAAGAAAGGAUGGUCGUAUAGUCUUGUUCUGUUUCUCAAAAUAGAAAAACAAACAUAAGUGCACAGUUUUGCUGUUAUAAAAUAAUUAUUUCGUUUUACU